UGCAUUCUUUCUUCUUCUUUCUUUUUUCUGUACAGUAAUAUAUGCUCCGCAUAAUACCGUUUUGCACAGUCGAUUGAACUCCACAAAAACUGCGCGCCAAUGAGAGCGCAUAUCUGGAGGAACGCGCAUCGAGCGAGUCUAGCAACAAGACCAAACUACAAUGCUCGAUUCUUGACAACAGAUUCCAGAGGUCGAUUGUCUAAAUUCUGGGCACCAACAGGAGGCAUAUCUCCUCAAGAUGGAGAGCAAGAUGAUUCCCACGCACUUCUUCUCAAGGGUGGAUUUCUCCGACAGGCUCACUCCGGAGUUUUCCAUCUACUACCUCUAGGUCUCCGCGUACAGAAUAAGCUCGAAAGUCUAAUAGACAAGCACAUGUCCUCAAUCGGUGCCUCCAAAGUCUCAUUGUCGCACAUAAGUACAGAAGAGCUCUGGAAACAAACAGGCCGAUACUCCAGCAACUCAGAGCUCCUCCGCAUCAAUGACCGCAGAGAAUCUGGAUUCCUCCUUGCACCCACGCAUGAAGAGGAAAUCACAGCUCUCGUAGCGAACAUGGUACACUCGUACAAAGACCUCCCCCUGCGUCUCUACCAGACCGGACGGAAAUACAGAGACGAGAAGAGACCGCGACAAGGCCUCCUCCGGGCAAAAGAAUUCAUGAUGAAGGACCUCUACACGUUCGACUCAUCGCACGAGACCGCACUCAAAACAUACGACGAAGUCCGCCAGGCCUAUACCAACCUCUUCAACGAACUCAAGCUGCCCUAUCUAGUAGCCGACGCAGAUUCCGGCAACAUGGGCGGCAAGCUCAGCCACGAGUACCACUUCGUCUCUCCGAAAGGCGAAGACAACGUCUGGUCCUGCAGCUCCUGCAAUUACGUCGCGAACGAAGAGCUCGUGGAGAAGCCCACACCGCAAACCGACCUCGAUGCGAUCGCCGCACCAGCAGAACCUUCGCCACCGCUCGUCUUCACGGGUAUCUCCAUGGACCGGAAGACAGCGGUCCGUAUCGUCAUUGCUCGACCGUCUGACAUGCCCACCGAAGCCCAACCACCCUGGGAUACCAUAUCCUCCGUCGUCAAUCUGCACGCCGUGAAGCGCGUCUAUCCCGACCUCGACACCGGCAUCGAACCCGCCACCCUCGCGAAGCUCCUCCCCGCCACCGAAACCCAGCAAACACUGUACUCCCCGACCACACCCACGACAAACGAAGCCCCAGCCUCAGCCGAAGCAGACAUCUCCCUGACCCGCCCCGGCGACCCCUGCCCCCGCUGCCCGACCGGGCACCUCGCCGUGCAAAAAGCCAUAGAAGUAGCCCACACCUUCCACCUGGGGACACGCUACUCGGCCCCGCUCUCCGCGCUCGUCGCCGUGCCCCAUGCCACGCAGAAAGAAGCGAUCCACAUGGGCUGCCACGGCAUCGGCGUCUCGCGGCUGCUCGGCGCCAUUGCGUCGCAGCUCGCCGACUCGGCGGGCCUGAACUGGCCGCGUGCCGUCGCGCCGUUCGAAGUCGUCGUUGUUACGGCGCCCAAGGUUGACGAUGCGGAUGCCGUGUGCGUAUAUGAUGCGCUGGAGGGGAUUGACGCGGUUAUCGAUGAUCGGGCGGGCAAGAGUCUCGGGUGGAAGCUGAGAGAUGCGGAUCUGAUUGGGUAUCCGGUUGUUGUGGUGUUAGGGAAGUCGUGGAAGUCGGGGCAGGUGGAGGUGCAAUGCCGGAGGCUGGGGGUCAAGAAGGUUGUUGAGCGAGGUAGGUUGAAGGGGGAGGUCGAGCGGUUUCUGGGGCAGCUCUAG